GAGAGCCCUUUGUGCGCCUGCGCGCUCGCGCUCCCGCCCUCUCGCUGCGCUCGGCUGAGUCAGUCAGUCUGCUGGAGUCUGUCCUCGGAGCAGGAGGAGCGAAGGGACUUCUGAGAGCCAGCUGCUUGAUUAUUUUCUUUCCCCUCCCUCUCUCCCGCCCCGCAUCUCUCUUCAUCCCUUUCCUGCCCUUGCUCGCGCAGUCAUGGCGGAGCCGUCGGCGGCCACUCAAUCCCCGUCCGUCUCCUCGUCGUCCUCCGGGGCCGAACCCUCGGCGCCCGGUGGCGGGAGCCCUGGAUCCUGCCCCGCCCUGGGGGCGAAGAGCUGCGGCUCCUCCUGUGCGGAUUCCUUUGUUUCUUCCUCUUCCUCUCAGCCUGUAUCUCUAUUUUCGACCUCACAAGAGGGAUUGAGCUCUCUUUGCUCUGAUGAGCCACCUUCAGAAAUUAUGACUUCCUCCCUUUUUUCGUCUUCUGAAAUGCAUAAUACUGACCUUAAGAUACCACAUGGAGAAAAAAGCAAUGUGUUAGGCAGCCAGCCUAUUUUAGCCAAAGAAGGAAAAGACUGUUUGGCCCUCCUAGAUGCGAAAAAAAUGGAAAAGCCUCAAGGGACCAAUAAAGGCAUAGCAUACUCCCCAGUUUCUGUUGCAGAAGGCGUUGAGUAUAACCGUCCUUCCAUUCCAGCCAGUUUCCCAGAUCGACCUGCUUUUCUCUCAAAGGAAGUUGGUCUAAUGGAACAGCAAAUAAAUAAAGAUCAUGAGUCCAAGAACCCAAAUGAGGUAGCAGGUACAGAUGAUAAAACUGGCUUGGAUGUUGAUGACAAGUUCACUUUGCCUACAGCCCAGAAACCACUCACCCAGGAGCCUAAGGCACAAGGCAUUUGUACAUAUUCCUUAUCCCCAUCUGAAGUUUCAGGAGGUGAUCUUACUGAAAAGGAUUCCCCUGAGUCACCAUUUGAAGUAAUUAUUGACAAAGAAGCAUUUGACAAAGAAUUUAAAGAUGCAUAUAAGGAGAGCACAAAUGAGUUUGGUAGCUGGGCGGUGCACACUGAUAAAGAAUCGUCUGCAGACAUUUUGUUGGAGUCUAAUGACAAAUUAUUUCCACUGAGAAGUAAAGAGGCAGGGCGUUACCCAACUUCUGCAUUGCUCACUAGACAGUUUUCGCAUACAACUGCAGCGCUGGAAGAAGUGUCUAGAUGUGUGAAUGAUAUACAUAACUUUACUAAUGAAAUACUGACUUGGGAUUUGGUUCCCCAAGCAAAAGAAGAGAGCAAUAAAUCUGAUUACAUCACAAAAACUACAGGACUUGAUAGGAGUGAAUAUAAUUCAGAAAUCCCAGUUGUAAAUCUUAAAACUAAAGCUCACCAGAAAUUUCCCAUUUGUUCUAUUAAUGGGAGCACUCCCAUCAAAUCAGCAAGUGACUGGGCAACGACCUCUCUCCCCCAAGAAAAUGCUAUCAUUGAAAAACCUAUACCAGACUGUCUCCAUUCCGCAAAGGAAAUCAGUAUCAAAGGCGUGGGAGGCAAUGUGCAGAAAGAAGAUAAUACGCUUCCGGAGUUACCUAGAUCUCCUCUUGAGAAAGGUGUCUCUCUGGGUUCUGGAGUGGCCACUGUGAAAGUGGUCUUACCUGACGGCCACCUAAAAGGUGAAGUGAACUGGCAGAGCUCUAUAGCAGAAGCCACAGAGGCUGAUAGUUCUGGUGAGUCUGAUGACACAGUAAUAGAGGACGUCCCGACCAACGUUUCAUUGGAAAGUAACAAAAUUCAGGCUGAAAAACCCGUUUCCAUUGCAAGCACUAUUGUAAAAAGAGAUGAAAGAGAAAUCGAAGAGAUUGGCAGUUGCAGCAGGGAAAGUAAAACAUGUGAAACCUCUGAAGGGCCAGUCAGUGGCUCUGAGGCAGCACAAGUUCAGCCUGAUAGUCUUGAAAGGAGUGCCGCUGGGGAGGGGGCAAGUUCCCAAGUACCUGAUCCGAAUGGCACGUCAGGAGACGCGGAGCAGCCCGGCAGCGUGAGCGAAGUUGCUCCUGAAAAGCCUGUUGCAACUGAGAAGCCCAAACUUCCUUCAGUUCUGUCUCCAAGUGUUCUUAAGGAGAGCGAAUUCUCACUACGUGUGACAAGGUCUGCCUAUUUGGAAUCCGUACAUGAAAAAAGUGUUAAAAAUGCAGAUGAUUCUUCCCCAGAGGACCUGAUGGCAGCCUUUACAGAAACCAGAGAGGAAGGAAUUGCAGAUAAAUGUGCAGGAAAUGCCUUUCAGGCAACAUCAGAGAAGACUUCGGACUUUAAAACAACUCUUGCUUUGGAAGUCUUGCCUGAAACUGAAUCAGGUGAUUCUGAAAUUAAAGGCGUAACAAGCAAACACCCUGAACAAAGCAGAGAGACUAACGGAAGUACGGUUCUGGAUGUUUUCCCUGCCCAAGGUACUCCAGCAGCAUCUCUUGACUUAGAACAGGAACAGCUCACAAUCAAAGCUCUUAAGGAGCUGAGUGAAAGGAAGGUUGAGAAGUCAGCUUCUGUACCGGGUAACGCAGAAUCUCCUCCUGAAGAAGUAUCCAAGCAGAUUUUCACACGUGAUCCAGAAUCUUCUUGGCUUCAGAGAUCGUCUGAUGUCCUAGAACACACAGAAGUUAAUGCUGGAUCUGAUCUUGGGAUUUCCAAGAAGCCCACAAUUAGCAAAGAAACCACUAGGGUAGAUACUAGUAAGACUGAAGUGGUAAACAAGCAAGUCCUAGCAAGACUUCUCACAGACUUCUCAGUGCACGAUCUGAUUUUCUGGCGAGAUGUGAAGAAGACGGGUUUUGUCUUCGGCACCACACUGAUCAUGCUGCUCUCCCUGGCAGCUUUCAGUGUCAUCAGUGUGAUUUCUUACCUCAUCCUGGCUCUUCUCUCUGUCACCAUCAGCUUCAGGGUCUACAAGUCUGUCAUCCAAGCUGUACAGAAAUCAGAAGAGGGCCAUCCGUUCAAAGCCUACCUGGAUGUAGACAUUACUCUGUCCUCCGAAGCUUUCCAUAAUUACGUGAAUGCUGCCAUGGUGCGCAUCAACAGAGCCCUGAAACUCAUUAUUCGUCUCUUUCUGGUGGAAGAUUUGGUUGACUCCUUGAAGCUGGCUGUCUUCAUGUGGCUGAUGACCUAUGUUGGUGCCGUUUUCAAUGGAAUCACCCUUCUGAUUCUCGCCGAACUGCUCAUUUUCAGUGUCCCCAUUGUCUAUGAGAAGUACAAGACCCAGAUCGAUCACUAUGUUGGCAUCGCCCGUGAUCAGACCAAGUCGAUUGUUGAAAAGAUACAAGCAAAACUCCCUGGAAUCGCAAAAAAAAAGGCAGAAUAAG